GACAAAAGGGGGGGGUCGUUAGCGGCUGGGGCACCCAUGGGUGCUGCGGGAUGCAGCUGCAUCACAGCGGGGCGGUACCUGACCCUGUACCACACAGCACCCACAAUGCCCAGCCCUACACGGUGCUGUGGGGCAGACUGGCAGUACCUGACCCUAUAUACCAUAUGGGGGCAUGCAGAGCCCAGUCCUGCCCCCGUAUGGCCCGGGGCGGGAGGGGGGGCUGGCCAUUCACCCCCCCACCCCAUAGGCCAUACGACAGCAGCCAGCCCCACCCCCGUGCCUCAGUUUACCACCCGAGCGGCACGCUGGUGCUGGCAUGGAGGUAGGGCCCGACACCUUCCUGCAGUGCAGUUACACCAGGGAGGGGUUUGGCCCCUUGUCUGCAACAAGUGGGGUGUCCCAGCAGCCCCCUGCCCCAUGGGGCUCAUGCUUCGGGGGGGUCCCUGCAUGCGUCUGCCCUGAGCAAGACAGGACAACCCAGCUCUGCUGCUGGGCAAGGUGCUGCGCAAGGAGCAGUGCAAGGUGCUGUGCAAGGGGCAGUGCAAGGGGCAGUGCAAGGGGCAGUGCAAGGGGCAGUGCAAGGGGCAGUGCAAGGGGCAGUGCAAGAUGGUGUGCAAAGGCUCUGCUGUACAAAGUGUCGCGCAAGGUGCAGCAUGAGGUGCUGUGCAAGAUGCCAUGGACAGGCCCUGCUGGGCAAGGUGCUAAGCAAGGUGUCAUGCAAGAUGCUGUGCAAGAUGCCGUGCAAGGUGCCAUGCAAGAUGUUGUGCACAGGCCCUGCUGUGCAAGGUGGUGUGCAAGGCAGCAGCAAAGGCCCUGCCAUGUCAGAUGCAGUGUGAGGCGCUGAGCAAAGGCCCUGCUGUGCCAGGAGCAGUGCAAGGUGCCAUGCAGAGGCCCUGCUGCGUGAAGCCAGGCUUUCUGCCAGCCAGGGAACAGCACGGCAGAGGGGCCGCACCCAGCAAGCACCACAGCACCCCGCUCACAGCUCCCCUUGCACGCAGAGCUGCCCAGCCCACCCCAGGUGACGGAGGACAUUUCUCCAGCCCAAGCCAAGCGGUGCAGGGAAGGGUCCCAGGGGGAAGAAGCACCCACCAGCACAGCCCUGUUGGGUACCAGGGUCCACCCAGCCCUUGGCAUCUGGGUGAACCAGCAGCCACAGGCACUGCCAGCGCCCUGCUCUGGAAAACACAAGGCGUCAGGAAGCAGGCACAGCACACCGCAUGGGGAAGGCGCCCAGACAUCACCACGAUGGGCAGCAGCCCAAAGCCUGCAGAGCAGCAUCCCAGCUGCCUUCCAGCACCUUCGUCUCAGUUCUGGGAUUUAAUUUGUUUCUAAUCACUUGAAAGUAAAUUAAAAAUAAGGUUUCCACUGCACACACAGAUAUUAAAAAGGAGGCUGGGAUGAGGUUGCAGCAUCAUGGCACAGCAGCUUCCCCGGGGCCAGGGACAAGCCCUGUGGGUGGCCUGGGGAGCUGGCUGCAGCAUGGGACACAUCACCGAGGACGGGGGCACCCCGAGGGAUGAGCCCCCAUCCCAGUGUGUUUGCAUCCACUGUGGCUGUGGGGUUAUGGUCCCCACUGUCACCUCUGCCCCACGGGACGUGGCUGGAUCCCAAAGCCACUGGACAGGCGAGGAGAGAGUGGGGUGCCCCUGUCCCCAGGGCUUUCCACCCAUCCUCCAUCCCAGGGGAUGCCCUGCGCUGUGGGAACAGCCCCCAGGCACCCCCCAAAAUCCCUCUGCAAGACCCCACGGAGCUGCGGGGGAAGGAUGGGGGUCCCGCAUGCCACCGCGGUGUUGUAGGUGCUGGGGAAGCCGGAGCAUCCCCAGUCUGGCAGGGGCAGGCAGGGCUCCCUCACCCAGCACUGCCCCAUUUCAGAAGCUGUUCGGAGCGUGCCCUGGCGUGAAGCCACCCAUAAUGGGUUCUCCUCGGAUAAUCCCUCCUCGCCUUUAAAUUCCAUUAAAGCCAUCCGGGAAGAUUAGCAGCUGCGGUUCAAGGCUGGGAAAAACAAUUCCCAGGGCAGCUGCUCGGCUUUGCCAAAAUACCAGGGGGUAUUUCGGGGUGGGGGCUCCUCCAGGCACUGCUGGGAUGGACCCUCACCCCAGGACCAAGCCGAGCCGCUGGCAUCCCACUGUGUCCUGCUGAGGGGCAGCAGCAGCCACUGGGUUUGCGUGGCACAAGCAGGGGAGGAAAAGAGCCGGCGGCAGCUUGGGACAAGCCCGAGGUGCAGUGCCCGGCCGGGGGUGAGCACAGCCCUGGCGAUGGGGUGGGAUGCACCGGUCAGCUGCAAGCACCGUGCUGGGGGAUGCGUGGUGACACACUGGGGAGGGUCCUCGCACAUCCAAGUGCCAGCAGCACAGUCCCUGCACCCAGCAGAGCCUCGACAGGGGUAUCCACAAACCUGCCGUGCGUGCUGGGUGCCCCUGGUCCCUGUGCCCACAUGCCAGGGUGACCCUCACCCCUCUGCCGGCAUGCCAGGGUGAUCCUCAAACCAUGCCCAGGUGCUGCACUGUUCACCCCCAUCCCUGCAUGCCAGGGUGACCCUCACUCCCAGGCUGGGGUGGCCUUCAUCCCCAUGUCCACGUGCCAGGGUGACCCUCAGCCCCGCGCCCACACGUUGGUCCACGCAGGAGGGACAGCAGUGCCAAGGGUGCCAGCAAGCCCCAGCACCAGCCUCACUGGCCCAGGAAAGCGCUGGUGCUCAACAUAGUAUGGCCCUGGGCUACCGGGGACAUCCAUCCCCCCCGGCUCCCAUCAUGCCAUGUCACCCAGCAGGCAUCACCACGAGGUCCUCAGGGACCGGAGCACCCACAUGGCACCGCUCGGGCUCUGCGGCGCAUGCGGCCAGCCGGGAGCAGGAUGCAGCCCCACCGUGCAGGCAGGAGGAAGCGGUGUUGCUCCUUCAGGAAGCCAAUUUUCACCACCCCUGAAAUCCCAGCGAGAUUCCAGGAAGCGGCUGGGAUUCCCAGGAACGGAGCCACUCUCCCCAGUCCUGACAGAGAAGGGGCUCAGCAUGGAGAUUUCCUCUGCGGAAGACUCAGCAACUGGGAAAAGGGUAGAAAAAAGGGGAUUGCUGAAAUUCAGCAUUCCUGCUGAGUGACAACGCCUGGCAAUGCCGGGAAAGGGCCCUUCCUUCAUCCGCUUCCAGCUCAGCCACCGCCGGCAGCAGCUCUCAUGCCAGAGAAGCCCAGGCAGGAGGAAGAGGGCAGGGGGCUGGGCAGGGGGCUCAGCCAAGGCUGGAGGAAGGCCGAGUGCUGAGCUGCUCCAGCGAACCCCUGGCACCACCCACCCCAGAAGCACGAGGAUGCUUUUACACUGUGCAGCACCCUCCCCCCCGGACCUUGUUGUGCCUCGGUUUCCCCAUGAGCCUGGCCCUCAUGCACCUGCAGAAAGAGUGGGGAGGUACUGCCUGCCUGGAGGGGGGCACGGGCCAUGACCCCCGGAAAGCCGAGAGCCCAGGGACACCCCAGCAUUGAAAACUGGCAAGAGGUCAGGCCCCCCAGGGUGGGCUCUUGGCAGGGCCCAUGGUGGGGAGGGGCAGUACAAGUGCAUUGUCAUGUCUGUGUCCCAACAGCCCUGCGUCCCUGCAUCCAUGUCCCCGGAUCUCUGUAUCCAUGCCCCUGCACCCCCACAUCUCCACAUCCCUGUGUCCCUAUGUCCCUGCAUGUCUGUGUCCCCACAUCUCUGCAUACCUGUGUCCCUGCACCCGUGUCCCCACACCUCUACAUACCUGUGUGCCUGCAUCCCCACAUCUCUGCAUCCCUGUGUCCCUCCAUCCAUGCACCCGUGUCCCCAUAUCAUUGCAUCCCUGUGUACCCACAUCCCUGUGUCCUUGCAUCCCUGUCUCCCUGCAUCCAUGUAUCCCCAUGUAGCCAUAUCCCUGCAUCCCCGUGUCCCUACAUCCUCAUGUCCCUGUGUCCCCACAUCUCUGCAUCUUUGUGUCUGUGCAUCCUCGUGUCCCCCUGUGCCAUCCCCUCCAGAGCCGCAGGGCCCAGCAUAACUUGGCCAAGCUCUGGCAGGGGACCACAGCAGGAUCCGGCCCGGCCGUCGGGCUGCUGCCGAGGGAGCAUGGGGGCCAACCCACGCUGCCGCUCUUGCUCCCUUGGCCCCACAUGAGCCCCAGGAGAUGACAGGAGCUGUUGACAAACCCUCUGCCAGGCACAUAAACACUCAGGAACAUUGGGAACAUCCCGCCAGCCCUUCCUGGGUGGCCUCUCCUCGGUAAGGGCUGGGGGUUGAGUGUUCCCAGCCGAGGUGGGAUGAGCAUUUCCAUGAACAGGAUGCUCGGCGUGAGGGUUUGCUGGCACCACCAUCCCCAGUGCACAGGGUGAGGGCUGGAUCCUGCACCAGCACCAGCAAAACCAGCCUGAACAGGAACGCUGCUGCAACUAAAUAAAUGGGGAGGGGGCGGGGGCAGAGGGGAGGAAUAAAGGACCUGGGCUCAUCAGGCAAGGGCAUCAGCGCUGUUACUCAGUGCUUCCCCUUCCCCACAAUUCAUUAAUUGCUUUUAAGGCCAAGGGGUGAUCAGAGCAUCCAGUCUCAAGAGCCAGGGAUGGAGGGGGUGAUGCCACCCUCCUGAGAGCCCAGGGCAAUUAACAGGGGGAUCCUUCUGGGUAAUUAAUGAGACAUUACAUAAAAGCAAGGUUGGGAGCAUCCUCUGCCAGCCUGACACCUCCCUGUCACCCACCAUCCCCUCGCCAGGGACCAGCACCCAGGGGAGACCCCGGGGAGGGCUCGCACCAGGAAGGUUCCAGCGUGCCGGGAAGCCCUGGGAAACAUGGCCAAGGGAUGGAGGCUCAGCUGGUCCCGCUGCCAGGACCCCCCCACCCUGAGAUGCUGUGAGCGGGUGCAGCAGUGAUGCCUCCUGCCCAACCUUCAUUACACAAACGAAGCCACUAAUGAACCCCAGCAAAGGCGAGAUCGAUGGCAGGCGCUGCAGAAGUGCUGAGCAGGAAACAAUUACUCACCGCUCCCCGCCAGCACCCAUCCACGCUGGCCCCACGCCGGGGGCAGGAACCCCACACAGCCCCCCGGCUGUGGGUGCAGGACUCUGGGGUGUCCCCAUGCCAUGGGUGCACGAGCCCCACUGCAAGCGAGACCUGCACGGCCCCACACAAUGGGUGCAGAAGCCCUGCAAAACCCCGUGCUACAGUGCAGGAGCCUGGGCUGGCCUUGUGCUAUGGGUGCAGGGCUCCUACACAACCCCACAUUACGGGUUCAGGAGCCCCAUAGGGCCUGAGACAUGCACAGCCUCAUGCUGUGGGUGCAGGAGCCCCGCACAGCCCCACGCUGUGGGUGCAGGAGCCCCGCGCUGCCCCACGCUCUGGGUGCAGGAGCCUGGGGUAACCUCAUGCUACGGGUGCUGCAUCCCUCCUACCAGAAAGACCCCCACAGAUGCACAUCCCAACGGCCACCUCUGCCCAAAAGCACCCAUGGGAGCGGGGAUGGGGCAUGCUGGGACACAGUGGCUUUUCGCACCUCAGCAGCUGCUCGAUGCCGGGGGGGACCCUUGCCCGCCACCACUGCCGGAUCCGGGGGGAGGGAUGGAGGAAGCGUGGAGCCUUCCCUCCCCCUCAGCCCUUCCUGGUGUCGAAACGCUGGAGACAUGAGGCAGGAAGCUGCCACCAUCACUGCCCACCAGCGAUCUCCAAGCCUGGGGGCCCCGUGCCACGGGCUGGCAGCCCCAGUGCCCCCCGCGCCCCCGGCACACUGCCACAAGGCCAUAUCCUGCUCUCCUGGCCACCCUGCCCUCUCCCUGCCACUCAUCCGGUACCUUAAUGAGCUCGUUAGGUACACGUCCGGGACUAAUGAUCGCUUUAUUUGGUGGCUGAUAAUUGAGUGGGGGCCGUUUGAUCUCUGUUCGGAAGAUUUACGAGGAUUUGGUUCCCCUGGGCAUCAGAGCGGGGUCUGACGGCAACGCCAUCGAUUGCCUUUGAACCUUGGGUGGAAGAGCCAGGGUUUUCACUGGCUCUCACGCUAAUGGGGCCAGCGGGCAGAUCUAAUUAGCCAGAGCCGCGUUAGAAGGGAUCUCCAGGGAUAACGGAGCCGCCAGCAACCACAUCACACGCUCCAGCACAACCCCGUGGCGGCGGCCAGUGGCUCUGUGCCAGCUGUGCUGGGAUGAGCACCGAGCACCCCAGCAGCCGAUCCCAAAGCCUGAGCAUCCCAUGGGCUGAAGGCUGCAUCCUGCAUCCCCGCUGCAUCCCGCCGCAUCGCCUGCCAGGCUCAGCAGCAGCAUCCCCCAGCUGGGUCAGAGCUUUGCUGGCUUCCUUGGCAAGGAAACGCCUUGGCUGUGGGAUCCGGGAUGUGUCUGGAUCCUGCUGUUACUACCAGAGUUUGUUCUCCAAACAACAUCCAGGAAGCAGGAGACUCCCCUCCCGGGCCACCUUCCAGGGCUCCUUCUCUUCCCAGCGGAGAUCCCUGUCCUGCUCCCAGACCCUACGCAUUCAUCCAGGGGGAUGCACAGGAUGCCAGGACUGCAAAGCAACCCGGGGGACCUAUUGGUCCUGGCGCGGUUUGAUGCGGCAGAGGGGCAGGAUGGGACCACGGGGUGCAGGGAAGGGUGCAGAGGGGUGCCCAGUGCCAACAGAGGUGGACUGCCACACUGGGACCACUGCAGUGCUUCCCCAGCUCCAGCCUUGGCUCCGCUGACAACUGGGAAACCACCCUCCACCGCAGCUCAAACCACGGGCCACCAGCGGAGCACCCGACUGGCCCAUGGAGGCCAGCAGGUGCCCGUGGGGCCGCAGCUACCCUGCCUGGGUGCUGGGCAGGAGGAGCUGGGGAGGGGGAGAUGCGUGUUCUUGGAGAAGCUGCAAAUAUCGAGGCGGCAUGUUUGGCGGCCACCGGGCUGGCCUGCUCCCCGGCACUGCCAGCAGCCACAAACUCGCCUGUUUACUCCACCGAGCCACUUCCUCCGCUCUUCCCACCGCGGGGCUUUGAAGGGGGCUCGGCAGGAGGCUGGGAACGGCAGCACGAUGACGCACGGAGCGGCACCGGCUGAGCCCCCCAGCCCCCCGCCGAACGCGGGGACAGCCCCUGCACCCUGCAUGCCGGGCUCGCCAGCACCUGCAUGCGACCCUCACCCACGGAGCACCCAGGGCCACGCCGGGAGCUGGGUGACCCCAAAACCCUGCACCACAGAGGCAUACAGGGGAGGCUGUGGGGACCCCCCAAGAAAAGUGGGGUGGCCCCACGCUGGCACUGGAGGAAUCAUCAGGAAUGAUGCUUUUUUUGGGGUGUCCGAUGGUAAACCAGCUGCCGCAGCUGAACCCCCUGACCCCCUUCAGAAGCUUUGGGAUGAAUCCAUGUGGAUUUGGGGUCAGAGCUGCGAACAGGAGCUGAAAGGGAGAUGGGGCGGGGGGGAUUUAUCAGCCUAAUUACCCCCCACCCAGCUCCCUCCGGAGCGCCGCGUGGGCUGGGAGAUCAGCUCCUGCCUCCCCUGCCUGCACGCCUGCCCGCGGCUGCUGCCAGCCCAUGGGAAUGCCGCUUGCUCGUGCUCCCCUGGGCACCCAAAAAUCUCCCAGGGUCGAACGGGCUGCAUACCAGGGAUCGCACCCAGUGGGGGGAAACUCAAAGGGUGCUCCAGCUCCAACCCUGCUACUACAAAAGCGACGCUCGCUCCCUCCCCCUGACUCCGGGGGGGGAGGGGGUGCUGCUUGCCUGCUCCAGGGGUGCGACAGACGUGCCAGUCCUCAAUUAGGGAUGCUGAGCUGGGGGGAUGCAGAUGCUGUCGGCCGUGGCCAGGGCAGCAACACCCAGGCAGCCUGCCCAGCAGUGACGCCCCCCCAAUGCUGGGGGCUCUGCGAGAGCCCCCAUAUCCCAACCCACCACCCCAAAACACUGCAGCAUUUCUGGAAGGUUCUGCCAAAGCAGGACCCCCUCAUCCUUCCCUCCUGCCGUGGGCUGCGGGGUGGCAUUAGCUGCACCAAAGCCCCAAGUCCUGACACUCAGGUGCUGGGGAAGGGGGGGGGGAGGGGGAGGGGGCUGAGGGGAGGGCAACGCCCCCACUACCUGCGCACCGGUGUUGGGGGUCAAGCGGGAGCACUCCUGAGCACCUGUUCCUAAAAAAUACAUUAAUGAUGGGGAGGCCCAGGGGAUGGAGAGCUGUCAGAAAAGGAUCCGGGUGAGGAAUGGCACCGAGCCGGAGCCUGAACCCCUUGGCCACAAGGGGAGGGGUUGUCACGGGAGACACCCCCAGACCCCCCGCGCAUGGGCUGGUGGCGGUCACCGGACUCCCCGCCAAGGUCCCGAAAUCCCCAAAUCCCGUCCCCAGGGUGGACACCUCGGCAGGUCUGUGAAUUCACCCCAACCACCUCUGCCGUGCUCCGCACCCAGGGACGUGGAGGGUGGCUGGAGGGUCCCCUUACCCCCUCAGCACCACGGGCGUCCCCAAAGGGUGGCAGCCAUCGCGGUGGCUCCCAGGGGACCGAGGUGUCGCAGGCCACCGUGGCCCCCCCCACCUGCAGGCCUGGCACGUGUCCCCCAGCACCCCCCCAUCGUGCCGAACGCGGGGCGGGGGGCGCAGGACCCGGCUCCCCUGGGUGUCGCUCCCUGCUCCCACCCGAGCCACGAGUGGGAACAAUUGGGGUGACACCCCCCAAAAAAAAUACCCAACAACAGCCACCCAGGCUCCGAAUCGGACGGGGCAGAGCAACAACGGCGCCCAGCACCCAGCCAGCACCACGGCGGGGCGGGGGCGGCCGAGGGUCCCCGCGUCCCCCCCGGCCUCGAGCCGCU